AUGGAGUCUCUGGGCACGUCGACCGACUGGAUCCGGUUUGAGGCUCGCGAUGAAGAGGCCGGCCCGGCAGACGGUGGACGAGCAUGGGCAGAGCUGCGGCGCAUGGGCUCGAGCGGGUCGCUGUCGAUCCGGUCGCAUUCACGGCGGACGUCGAUCGACGCGGCAGCGCUGCCGAUGGCCGUGGACGAGCCCGGGCACAGGGCGGACAAGAACAAGUCGACGGUGACGGUGACGGGUGAGACCGGACCUGGUUGCUCUCCCCUGGCGCAGCUGCACUGGCACCGGCUGGCACCGAACGAGCUGGCACAACAGCUGACGACGUCGCUGAAGACGGGGCUGUCAGGGGCGCAAGCGGCGCGGCGGCUGCAGCAGUACGGGCCCAACGUGCCGUCGCCGCCGGCAGCCCACCGCAUGCGCAGGCUGCUGGGCUAUUUCUUCAGCGGCUUCGGGCCGGUGCUGCUGGUGGCGUCCGUGCUGGCCUUUGUGGCGUGGCGGCCGCUGGGCCACCCGCCGCAGCUGGCCAACCUGGCGCUGGCCAUCGUGCUGCUGGGUAUCUUCAUUGUACAGGCCAGCUUCAACAUCUGGCAGGACUGGUCGUCGGCCCGCAUCAUGGCCUCAAUCCAGGCCCUGCUGCCGGGCUGCAUCGUGCUGCGCGAUGGCCAGCCGACCGACAUCGCCGCUGCUGAUCUCGUCCCCGGCGACGUCGUGCUGUUGCGCGCCGGUAGUCGCCUUCCGGCUGAUGUCCGCUUCGUCAAAGUCGCCAACGACACCAAGCUCGAUCGUUCCGUGCUCACCGGCGAGUCGGCCGCCUUCGCUGCUGCCGUCGACUCCUCCACGCUCGAGCGCGAGGUCUUCCGCUUCGUCGCCGGCAUCUGCAUCAUCAUGAUCACCAUGAUCCUCCUCCUCGUCAUCGUCUGGGCUUCCUGGUUGCGACGCCGCCACCCCGGCUGGAUUGACGUCUCGAACCUCAUCAUCUCGUGCGUCUCUGUCGCCGUCGCCUUCGUCCCCGAUGGCCUCCCCGUCGCCGUCGCCGCCAGCAUGACAAUCAGCGCCAACAUGAUGCGUCGCAACAAGAUCCUCUGCAAGGCGCUCAAGACCGUCGAGACCCUCGGCUGUGUCUCCAUCCUCUGCUCCGACAAGACCGGCACCCUCACCCAGAACAAGAUGACCGUCACCGAGUGUGCCGUCGGCGGCCACGCCGUCCUCUCCGCUGAUGCUGCACGUGACACCCUCCAGAACUGGGGCCACACUUCCUCUUUGACGGCUGACUCAGCAGAUCCCGGCCUGCUCCCCGGCCUGCCCUCCGUCUCCGCCUCGACCCUCCACCAGCUGCGUGCCGUCGCCGGCCUCUGCAAUGACGGCCAAUUCGACGCCGCCACACUCGACCGCCCGCUGGCCGAGCAGGUCAUUCACGGCGACGCCACCGACCAAGCCAUCCUGCGCUUCUCUGAGAGUCUCGGCUCCGUCUCCGAUCUUCGUCGCUGCUGGUCCUCCAAGUUCGCCUUGCCCUUCAACAGCAAGAACAAAUACAUGAUCCGCGCCCUGACCCUGGCCGACAAUGACGGCCUUUCCAUCGCCCUGCCGCCAGAUAUUGCCGCUGUCUUCAGUCCGCACGAUAUCCUCAUCACCAUCAAAGGCGCCCCCGAUACCCUCCUGCCGCGCGUCCAGCACUACGUCGACCCGGAGACCGGUACCAUCCUGCCGUUUGACGAUGCGGCUCGCGCUCGCGUUGACGCCACCAAGGAUGCCUGGUCCGGCCAGGGUUGCCGUGUCAUCCUGCUGGCCCGCAAGAUCUUCUCGGCCUCGGCCUUGCCGCAGGACCUCUCGACCGCCGACUUCGAGGCUGGCAUGAAGCGUCAAUGUCGUGAUGGCCUCACCCUCGUCGGCCUCGUCAGCCUCGUCGAUCCGCCACGCCCCGAGGCCCACAAUGUCGUGGCCACUCUGCGUCGUGCCGGCAUUCGCAUCUUCAUGAUCACCGGCGACUUUGCCCUCACGGCCCAGGCCAUCGCAGCCGACUGUGGCAUCGUGACCGCUCCGGCUGAAGGAUCCGUUCACACCGCUGCUGACCUUCCCCGCGAGCCUGAUAGCGGCGGCCCCUACCCUCAGCUCGGCCGCCAGCCGUUCCAGGCCGAUCCCGAUCGCCGCACUAUCGUCCUCAGCGGCCCCGAUCUGUCCGAACUCGCCCCUUCGCAGUGGGACGCGCUCGCGCGCUACGAGGAGGUCAUCUUCGCCCGCACCACCCCCGAACAGAAGCUCUACAUUGUGCACGAGCUGCAGGCCCGCGCCUUCAUCGUCGCCAUGACCGGCGACGGCGCCAACGACGCCCCGUCGCUCCGUGCCGCCGAUAUCGGCAUCGCCAUGGGCGCCGGCUCCGAUAUGGCCAUCGAGGCCGCCGACAUGGUCUUGCUCGAUAACUCCUUCGCCCGAAUCGUCGAGGCCCUUCGCUACAGUCGCAUGAUGUUCGACAACCUCAAGAAGAGCAUCGCCUACCUCCUGCCGGCCGGCAGCUUCAGCGAGUUCUGGCCGAUCCUCACAAACGUCGUCCUCGGCAUCCCUCAAAUCCUCAGCAGCUUCCUCAUGAUCGUCAUCUGCCUCUUUACCGACCCUGCCACUGCCAUCGCUCUCGCCUACGAGGCCCCCGAGGCCGACGUCCUCCUCCGCCCCUCCCCCGUAUCCCUGACCGUGAUCGUCUCCUCCUUCACAAUGUCCUACUGGUACCUCCAGCGCAACGGCAUCCCCUUCUUCCACGCCAUCUGGUUCCGCUUCGGCAGCCUACCAGACGACAUCGACCCCGACUACUAUGCCGCCAAGCUCAACAUCGCCAGCUCCAUAUACUUUGUCAACCUCGUCGUCAUGCAAUGGUUCAGUGUGCUCACCGUCCGCACUCGCCGCCUCUCCAUCUUCCAGCACCCUCCCGUCUUCAACAAGAAAACCCAGAAUCUCUACAUCUUUCCCGCCGUCCUCUUCGUCCUCGUCAUGGUCUUCGUCUGGCUCUACGUCCCCGAGUUCCACACCGUCCUCGGCAACGAGCCCGUCCCUGUCGAGUACUGGUUCUUUCCUAUGGCCUUUGGCAUUGGCGUUCUCCUUCUCGAUGAGGCCCGCUUUCUUGCUCGUAUCGCGUGGUGA